AUGGCCAGCCAAACUCAAGGAAUCCAACAAUUGUUGGCUGCCGAAAAGAGGGCUGCUGAAAAAGUAGCCGAAGCCAAGAAACGUAAAGCAAGACGUUUAAAGCAGGCCAAAGAAGAAGCUCAAGAUGAAAUUGAAAAAUACAGACAAGAAAGGGAAAAACAGUUCAAGGAAUUUGAAAUUAAACACAUGGGUUCUCGCGAAGAUGUUGCUGCAAGAAUAGAUGCUGAUACUAAAAUAAAGAUUGAAGAGAUGAAUAAGGCCGUAAUUGUUAACAAGCAGGCGGUCAUUGAUCAAAUUCUUGAAUUGGUUUAUGACAUCAAACCAGAGCUGCACAAAAAUUUCAAAGCUACAGCUAACAAAGAAUGA